ACUUCCGUACUUUGCAGCGUUCCUGUUCUUGACGCUUUGAAAAUGGGAGCUUGUAUGGCGUUGUGCUCUCUGGCAAGCUGCGCAUCCUGUCUGUGUGGCUCUGCUCCAUGCUUGUUGUCAGGAUGUUGCCCCUCCACUUACAACUCUACUGUGACACGCCUUGCGUUCUCCUUUUUCCUGCUCCUCGGCACCCUCGUGUCCAUCAUCAUGAUCCUGCCGGGAAUGGAGGCUCGCCUGGAACAGAUACCUGGAUUUUGUGAACAGGGCUCGUCCAUACCUGGCUUUCAAGGAAAGGUAAACUGCGAGGUUAUCGUUGGCUAUAAAUCCGUCUACAGAAUGUGUUUUGCUUUGGCCUGCUUUUUUUUCCUUUUUCUCAUCAUCAUGAUCCGCGUGCGCAGCAGCAAGGACCCACGGGCCUCUAUCCAAAAUGGAUUCUGGUUCUUUAAGUUCCUAAUACUGAUCGGAAUAACCGUAGGAGCUUUCUACAUCCCUGAUGGCAUGUUCAACACAGUGUGGUACUAUUUCGGUGCGGUCGGCUCCUUCAUCUUCAUCCUGAUGCAGCUGAUUUUGCUGGUGGACUUUGCUCAUACGUGGAACCAAACUUGGGUGGAGAAUGCCGAAGAUGGCAAUAGCAAGUGCUGGUAUGCAGCUCUGCUGUCCUUCACAUUUAUUCAUUACGCAUGCGCUUUUACUGCGAUGGUGCUGUUUUACGUCUACUACACACAGCCUGAUGACUGCACCGAAAACAAAGUCUUCAUCAGCCUGAACUUUAUCUUCUGCGUCAUCGUGUCUGUCGUCUCAAUUCUCCCUAAAGUUCAGGAAGCACAGCCUGGCUCAGGUCUGCUACAGUCCUCUCUCAUCUCUCUGUAUACCAUGUAUCUGACCUGGUCUGCUAUGAGCAACAACCCCAAUCGCAAAUGUAACCCCAGCCUGCUACAGAUAGUCACCAACACCCCCACCAGCACCGCUGCCCCGACCCCCACCCUCGCCCCAGGGCAGGUCCAGUGGUGGGAUGCGCAAGGAAUCGUAGGAUUGGUGCUCUUCCUGUUUUGCACACUGUAUGCCAGCAUCCGAUCGUCCAAUAACGCUCAGGUGAAUAGGCUGAUGCAGACGGAGGAGCGGCAGGAGCUGGCGGUGGACAAGGACGCCGAAGUGGGUGAGGACGGAGUGAGACGUGCUGUGGAUAAUGAAGAGGACGGAGUGACCUACAGUUACUCCUUCUUCCACUUCUGCCUCGUCCUGGCGUCCCUUUACAUUAUGAUGACUCUCACCAACUGGUAUCAGCCUGACACAGACUACAAGUCCAUGCAGAGUACUAUGCCUGCAGUGUGGGUGAAGAUCAGCUCGAGCUGGCUGGCGUUGGCACUUUACCUCUGGACUCUUGUAGCUCCUCUGAUCCUCACCAACCGGGACUUCAAUUAGACUGCGAAGAAGUCACUCCACUGCUGGUUUUCGAAUGUAUCUGUGUAAGAGAGAGAGAGAAAGAGAGAGAGAAAACUUGCUUUUGAGGAAAAAAAAGGAAGAACAGAAAUCUAUAUCUAUAUCUACACCUGAAUCAAACAUUUUAUCUGAUCUUGAACUGAUAUUAUGUACAAUACUCAAAUUGCAGGAUAAUUGACUCAGCUUUGUUGUAUGGUACUCUGUGAGAGUUUGUCUAGUACGAUAAGAAAGUCCAUCCAAAGUAGAAUCUCUGAAAAAUAAAAAUCGGUAAAAUGAUUUCCUCAGAUGUAUCGUCGUAAUAUAUUCAUGUAUACUUUAACUCUAUGAGUCUUUGAUUAUUAUAAAAGGUCUGUGAUGCAAUUAGAAGGACACUAUUUUUGUAAAUAUGCAAAGCGAUCUGUAAUUAUAACGUGUAUCACAUGCAACAUUUUAAACUUCUUUAAAAAUCUUGCACUUUUUGUUUUCAAUCUGUUAAGUAAUGUCAAAUCAAACCUGCUGGAGUUUUCCUCUGUUGAUUUUGAUGUAAAGAGAUGUUCUUUUAAUACACAGUGCUUUUAUACCAAACGUUUAACUAUGAAGGAACAAUAAUGUGGGUUUUUACACUGGUUUGAUUUGCAUUUUACAUAUUAAAGCUUUUCAUGUUAAAGCCACAA